AUGCGUUCAGCACCCGUCUUCCAGCCGGCACUCAACUCGUCGCGGUCCGUGCCCCAAGCACGGGCAUGCGAUGAUGGCCUCACCUUUGUCGCACACUACCCGGCUGACAAGUACGCCGCAUCUCUAGCCCAGGGCGCUGCUCGCCUUGAGCUGUGGACUGACCUGCCAGUGUUCCAAUCAGACGCUGCCUCGACCUCCAAGGCCACCUCUUGGAAGUCUGUUCCCCUGGUCCACGUCAAGGCUACUGUGGGGUAUCAAAGCGGCUAUUCUUUUGUUGCCAAGGUCAAAUGCAACGACGAAGCAGCAGACGGCGUCUUUGGCUUCACUUAUCGCAUCGUCCAUCCCGAUGGUCAGAUCGACUGGCUUGGAUCACCUUCCAAUGACGGUCAAAUCUAUGUUCCAUCGCUGCAAAACUCGCCCUUGACCAUUCGACAGCUUGUACAAGCUCACAAAGGCACCGAUCUCUCCGUCCUCGAUACUAGUGACUCCGACCACGGGCAAGAUGGAGCGAUCACAUCUGCUACCCUGUCUGCCUCCCUUCGCGAUGCCUCCGGCAAUCUGUCCUUCAGCAUCAAGUUGAGCGACGUUCAAUCUGGUCUGGUGAUUGAGAGGACCAAGUCGACGUGGUGCACCUCUAGACGCUUCCAGUCACUCGCCGACGUCUCGCCUGACUUUGGCGCGAAUCUUUUGGCUUUGGAGCUCGCACAGUCCAGUCGACGAGAGAUGCUGGUCCUCAUGCCUGUCUUUGAAGACGCCAACGUCACUUCUCGUCUCAUGCGUGGCUCCUGUACUGGCGACAGAGUUGACUUCCACAUCAAUGGAUCCGACAAGCCUCAAGCAAAGGUGUCGUUCGCUCUCGGGACAACUGACAAACUCGAACAAGCAAUCGCAGCUUGCCGAACUCAUGCUGCAAAGUCACUUCGCACCUGCAGUCACGAGCCACUAGGACUAAGCUGGUCCGCCAAGAAGGCGCUCGAUCUAGAAUUACCACAAUCGCCCGGCGUCGAGGAUAUGAUCCCCUCUCUCGCCUGCUCCUACUCGGAGCCCGAUUGCGUUGACAUCUCCUUCUACUCAGACUCCACCGCCGUCGAAGGUAGCUAUCAGGGACUUAGCACAGUCAGCUCGAUGGUCCCCCCGACUCACGAGGAGGAGAUUGUCAGCCGACACGCCAUGCAGGAGGAAGAUGAUGACAGGUCGACCGUCAAUGGCGAUCGUACGAUUCAGGCAGACACCCGCGUCAGCCCCCUGCAACCCAAGGCUGGUCUCGGGUUCUGCACUUGGGAAGCAAUGCAGAACGAGAAUCGCCGACCCUUGCUGUCCGAAGUCGUCGCUGCGCUUGAGGCAGCAGAACAUCGUAUGGGAAAGGGCUCAAUCACUGCCUUGCUGAUUGACGAUGGAUGGCAAGAUGUCGUGCACGGUGAAGGACAUCGUGGCAGACUCAACAGCUUUGACAUGGACCCGUCCGUUUUCGAUCUCGAAGCAGCCAACGAUGGAGAUCAGCAAACUUCUGUGCUCUCUCGCUACGUCUCACAUAUUCGCCAGAGGUUCCCUUCAAUCAAGUCAGUAGGCUUCUGGAUGGCACUGGCCGGGUAUUGGGACGGUAUCCACCCUGAUGGACCCAUCGCCAAAGAACUCAGCGCGCCUCUUCGUCAGGUUCAUAUCAAAGACACUCACCGUCAGGCAAGCCGAGACUGGUAUAUCCAGGCAACGGAGCUGGACAUGCAUCUCUUCUGGGAUCGAGCCUUCCAUUCGCUUCGUCAGAGCGGCAUCGACUUUGUCAAGAUUGACGCUCAAGCUGAGUGGGAGUGGAUACAGGAGGAUGCCACCAGUGACAGAAUGAUGCCUCGUGCUUCUAAACUGGGUAAAGCAGCAUUCGAAGCGAUGGAGGGCGCAGCUACACGCUACUUUGGCGCUGGAGGCGGCGUCAUUCAUUCCAUGGGUUUCACAUCCGCGCUCACAAACACUUCCAGGACACUGCACAGCCAGGGCAUGGCCAUCCGUUGCACUGACGACUUUUUCCCUCAAAUUCCUGACGCCCACCGUCACCAUCUUGCGCACAAUGUCUACAACUCAUUGUUGCUCCCUGAGCAUCGAUGCGAUGCUGACAUGUUCUCGCACUGCCUGCAAAAGGAAAGUGAGGAUUCGCAGCAGGACCACACAGGCUAUCACGCCUCCUUUCGCUCCUUCACCGAUGCAAGGCUGUGGGUUUCGGACAAAGCGGAUGCACCUCAGCAUGCUUCGUUGCGCGCUCUUGUAUCGCCUGGACAGCUGUCAGAGCAAGGUGCAAAGAUCGGAAUGCAGGCAAGAGGUCAUUUGCUGCCAGAUGCGGCAUUUGACGAUCUCAUCGGCGAAGGAUCCGGUCCAGCGCUUAAACUUAUGGCCCAACACGAGAAGACUGGGAGCGCGACGCUGGGUCUCUGGAACCUGCGUGGUGGUCAAGCCAGCUCCUUUGACUCGCUCCAUGUGAGCCAAAUUCUGCCAAAGCCUGGCCACUGUGUAGUCAUAAGCUUCCGCACAGGCAAACUGUGGCUGCUCGCCAACAGCACUGAGCAUAGCAUGCUGAGCACGGUACUCGAGGCAGGCUCAUGGGAGGUCCUAAACUUCUCACCCUUACUCAACACAUCAGUAGACGGCGUACACGUAGCGAUGCUUGGCUCCACAGAACACUUUAUGACCCCCGAAGGCAUCCACUCGAUCACCAUUUCGACCUCCAACCCCGCUAGAGAGGUCCGGCGACGUCGCUCUGCCCGUCGUCCAUCUCACCAUCGCAGCCGGUCUUCCCGCUCUAGCACAUACAGCAACAGUUCUGUUGGAGACUCCACUGAAACAGCGCUCACCACCACCACCACCGCUGCUACGAAGGUCGACACACUGAUGCAGCAAGAGAACGGCUCUCAAGCAGUCCUGCUCUCCCUUGCACUGAUCAACGGCCUCUUUGCUGCAUUGUACGGUGUUAUUCGAUCAUCACAGCGCACCACUGUUGGCAAAUCAAAGAAACUCCCUCGACCUGACAUUCUGGAUGCGGUGAUCAGCAUGCUCGACAAAAUCCAAACAUUGAUGGUCUUUGGUCUGCUCAUUGUAGCUUCUUGGACAUCCAUCAUCCCCAUCUCAUCCGGAAAGGAAGGAGGCAAUACUUGGUUGCCGGCAUGGGGCAAGAAGCAGAUCUCCGAAAGCGAUUUUGACGAUCAGACACUCAAACGGGUCAGACUUCGCCCCGCUGACGCAGUAGCCACCUUGAAGCGCUGUCUAGCAUCUCGCACCAUUACCCCCCUCCGCGAAUUCCCAAUCUCCAUCGAAGAGCCACGAUCUCCCAUCACCCCUUCUCCCAGUUCUACAGUUCAAGCCAAGCCACGAGUCAUCACCUCUGAACCCAUGGUCAUCGCUAAGCCGGAUGUCAUCUUCAUCUCGACCAUCGACAUGGCCGCUAAAAUCGCCUUCCUUGUCAUCUGCCCAGCGCAGAGCUGCAUCAAAUCAUGCACCAUCGACCGCGUUCAAUACGAUUGCAGCGCCACUCCAUGGAUCACAAUUUCUGCUGUUGAGAUCGAACAAGGCUCAGCUAAGUCGCAAAGGAACGAGGACGGUGGGGCAUUCAAGUUGGAGGUGGAUAUGAAUUUGUGGUUGGAAAGUCAGGAUGAGACUUUUGUGCAGAGUUUGUCCGCGCCUGUCAGCGUAUCUGUUCGGGUUAGCGGUGCUUGA